UGUUUUCCAAAAAAUAUAUCGAAUGUAGAAGAAAAUGGACGGACGCAAUAAUAAUAAUAUUGUUAGAAUUAGUUAAUGUUUUAAAGACCAUAGUGAUUUUUUAUAUUUUAUACCAUCGUAUCGAUUUUGAGAGAAGUUUUCAAACAGUCGACGAUAUUUCGACAGUUUACGGUACUUAGUUUAAUCUCAAAUGCCGUGUGUCCUGGUCGAGUUUAUGAUAGGGACCCGUGAAUAAAACGUCUUGUUGUUUUGAUAAUAUUAUUAUUUUAUUAUUAUCUAUCUAUCUAUCUAUCUAUCUAAUAGUUAUUAGUUAUUCGUAUUCCUCUAUUGAAUGUUUAUUACUUUAUUAGUAGUAGUGUUGUUAGACGUGAACAAACAGUUUUAAAAUAAUUUAUCGUAUCAUGGAAUUAGCUUUAGUACAGUGAUUUCCUAAUGGAUCCAUUUAAUUUAUCACGAUACGCGAAUUUAACUGUUCAAAGGGUUCAACCACCUGAAGAAAAACCAUUGCCUAAGGCUGUAGAAAAUGAAGAAGAUGAAGAAGAUGACUGUAGCGAAGAAGAAGAUGAAUUUAGUGGUAGCGAAGAAGAUACGAAUAAAACUCCAGAAAUUUCAAAAACUAUAGAUAAUUCCGAAAUAUCUGAUAUUCCUACAGAAGUUGAUAAAGAUAUUGAAGUUAAAUUAGAAUCAGAACAUAUAGAAAAUGAAUCAGAAAACGAGAGCAAAAACAAUGAACAAACUGAUGAAGAAAUUGAAGCAAAUUCUAAACGAAAAUCUGGCGAGGAAGAAGAUGAUCAGACCCCGAAAAAAGCCAAAAUGAAUGAAGAAAGAACUAGUGACGAAGAUCCAGAUAAUCAAGCAACAUCAGAGAAGCGACCAACUAAUUUGAGAAGAAAUAUUCGUGAAGUGAUGGACGAAACAAAAUUAGAUGAGUCGACCUUGGCUGCACAGAGACAAGAAAUGGAAAGAUUACGGCGAGUUCAAGAACAACAACGUAUUAUUAGAGAUGUCCAAAAACAAAUUGCAAUCAAUAGACAAAAUUCUAAAGCUCAGGAUCGCGUUAUGUCUUUGCUUCAAGGUGGAACUACAUCAUUAAUUAAAAAAAGUUCUACGCCUACUGAACCACAAGUUCAACCUAAACCUAAUACAAUUGUUAUAUCUACAGAUUCUGGAUCACCACAGAUAUUUAAUAAAAAGAUGUUAGAAAUAUUAAAAAAUCAACCAGAUGCUUCAAAAGAAUGUAAUGAAAUUGAUAAAUUAUCAUCUAUAGCUUCAAAACUUGGAGAUGUUAAUGAACCACACAUGGUAACGUCCUCUGUUUCAAUUGCUCCAAUAAAACCAGCAAAAAUAGCCGAAGUUGUAACUAUAAGUAGUGAAAGUGAAGAAGAAGAAGUUGAACAAAAACCUCAAAGCUCAGAUGAUGAUUGUAUAUUAAUAUCUGGUGACGAAGAAGAAGAAGAUUUAGCUGAUGAUGAUACACACAACAGUGGGAUGCAUACAAAUGAUGCUUACAAUUUACCAGAUGAAUCUGGGCGAGUUCUUAUAAACGUUGGCCAUCCAGAUAAUGAGCCGGAUGUUUUCUUAGCUCCUCAAAUUGCGCGUAUAAUUAAACCUCACCAAAUUGGUGGUGUACGAUUUUUGUAUGAUAAUGUGGUUGAAUCUCUUGAAAGGUUUAAAUCUUCAAAAGGAUUUGGGUGUAUACUUGCCCAUUCAAUGGGAUUAGGAAAAACACUUCAGGUUGUUUCAUUUUGUGAUGUUUUUUUAAGACAUACGCCAGCAAAACAUGUAUUAUGUAUUAUGCCUAUAAAUACUUUACAAAAUUGGAUGGCCGAGUUUAAUAUGUGGCUUCCACUACCUGAUGAUCUUAAAAAUUCUUCAGAAAAUACAAAAAAUAAUGGUGAUAUUAUUUAUAGACAGUUUCCUCUAUUUGUUCUUAAUGACUUUCAUAAGACAAUAUCAGCACGGGGCAAAGUCAUUGAAAAUUGGCGGAUUGAAGGUGGUGUUUUAUUAAUGGGCUAUGAGCUUUACAGACAGUUAACUUCUAGGAAACCAAGAAAAAAACGAAAUAAAAAACAAAUUGAUGAUGAUUUUUAUGAUGAAAAAAAUAAACCAUUGCUUGAUGAAAUGAGAGAUGCAUUAGUAAAACCUGGACCAGAUUUAGUAAUCUGUGAUGAAGGACAUAGAAUUAAAAAUAGCCAUGCUUCAACUUCACAAUCUCUUAAAGAAAUUGAAAGUCGUCGACGUAUAGUGUUAACAGGAUAUCCAUUACAAAACAACUUAUUAGAAUAUUGGUGUAUGGUAGAUUUUGUUCGUCCAAAUUACUUGGGAACAAAAACUGAAUUCAGUAACAUGUUUGAAAGACCUAUUCAAAAUGGUCAAUGUAUUGACAGUACUCCUCAAGAUAUUAGGUUGAUGAGACAUAGAGCACAUGUUUUACAUUCCCUUUUAGAAGGGUUUGUUCAGCGAAGAAGUCAUUCUGUAUUAGAAAAAACAUUACCACAAAAAGAAGAAUUUGUUUUACUUGUUCGUAUGACUCCAUUACAAAGAUUGCUAUAUGAUCGAUUCAUGAAUGAGGUUGUAAAAAAAGCUGUACCUAAUCCAUUAAAAGCAUUUGCAGUUUGUUGUAAAAUUUGGAAUCAUCCUGACAUUCUUUACUAUUUUUUGAAAAAACGUUCAUUGGAUGAAGCUGAAAUUGAUUUAGAUCUUGAAGAAGCUAGUACACCUUUGGGUACACCUUUAGGACCUACCCCAGCUACUUCUCCUUCUGCAGCAUCUAAACGUUCUAGAAAUCGAUGGCCAAAAGGAGGAGGAAUGAAUCCUAAUUCCAAAGAAUUAAAAAACAAUCCAAAUCGCAAGAACAUAAAAAAAGAUCAAAUGAAAACCCCAGCUGUAGCAACGGUUAUGCCAAAUACAAGUAAUAAUCAACUUAUUACUCCUACUACUCAUAAUCACGAUACUUCAACUGUUACUCAAUCUAUACAAUCUAAUCAAUAUGAUGAUUAUUCUCCUCAACCACAACAAUAUGGAAGUCAAGGGAAUUUCACUAAUCAACAAUUGAACAAUUUUAAUCAAAAUUAUAAUUCUUCUUAUUGGAAAGAAAGUGGACAUUUUUACCGAGGUAAUUCAGAAUAUUAUCAAUCUAAUCGAGGCACAGAAACAAAAAGUCAAUAUCCAUACCCUCAAGAUCCUAGAUUAGAAGUUGGAGAAAUAAGAAUGGUAAAAAGUGAGCCAAGUUAUCAAAAUUAUGAAGAAACCAGUUUUAGUGGUUCAAAUGAUCAAAAUAUUUAUCAAAAUCGUGGAUUUAACCAAGAUAUUACACAAGGAACACAGGAAUCCGAACAACCUAUACCCAACCAAGGUUUUUCUUCAGAUGUCCAAAAAGUAAACCAAGGUCAUUUUCCAGCUCUGGGAAUAAACCAAGAGAUUAUACCUUGUCAAAAUAUUUCAAAUAUUCCAGGACUGCAAUCAGAUAAUAUUGAUCAAAUGUCAAUGUCAAAACAAAAACCAAAAAAUAUUCGAAAUCGAAAACCUACUAUAAAUAAUAAACAAAUACAAAAAAAUCAAUCAAUGAUUGUAUCUAAUUCAGGUACCCAUAUUGAUAAUAAUUGUAACGAUAAUGAUAGCAGCAUAAAAAAUCAACAUGUAAUAUCUAGUUCUAAAGAAGUAUCAUUUAGGCAAGCAUUUAACCAAGGAAAUAGCCAAGAAGUCCUUUCUAAUAGCAAUCAAGAAGGAUUGUUUACAAACAAUCAAGAUGUCUUAACAAGUACUAAUAAAGGAAUGUUUGGAGGAUCUUCAAGAAAUAAUGAAGAUAUUCAAUUUAAUAGUAGUCAUACAUCUUUAACAGAAAGUAAUAAAAGUAUUUAUGGAAGUGGCUUAAUAAAACAGGGAAAUGACAAUAAUACUGGUAUGGCUAUUAGUUUUGAGGGUAUAUUUGACACAAAUCGAAUCAUGACAAAUCAUCAGAAACCCAACUUAAAUCACCAACGUUUGCAAAACUCUAUUCCUACCAAUAUAAAUUCACAGAGUAUUAAUAAUACCUUGAGUAAUAAUCAAAGUACUUUGAACAAUCAAACUAUUCAAAAUCAAGUAACUAAUCAUCAAAUAAUUGACAAUCCAAGAUUAAUGAAUAAUAAUCCUGUUAAUCAAGGGGUUAGUAAUCAAGGAAUGAUGUUGUGUGAUACUAAUAAUCAAAGUCAAUUAACAAGCAACCAAGGAGCUCAACAUACUCAUUCAAUGACUAUAUCACACGAACAUCAAGAAAUCAAUCAAACAUUUGUCAGUCAGCAGCAACAACAACUACAACACCAACAUCAACAACAACAACAACAACAGCAACAACAACAACAACAGCAGCAGCAGCAGCAACAACAACACCAUCAUCGAGAACAACAACAGUAUCAAAAUUCAGAUAAUGUAUUAGCAAAUCGUGGCCAGAUUCCAAUUAGGGAACCAUUUAUGAACCCUGAUAAUUCAAGUAAUAACUAUAGCAAUUACAUGUUAGAACCUAGUCAACAUAUAACUAAUCAUAAUUAUGGAACUAUGCUACCUGACUCCUCAUUUCAAAAUCCAAAUAUCUUGACCGACCAGAUGUUACAUGACCAAGAAAUGUUGUUAGCUAAUGAUCAGGCAAUGUUAAGUGUUCUCAACUCCACAACUGACGCCAACGAACAGGCAUUAUUGUAUAAUGCUAUGGUUGGCCAGCCUGAUGGACAAAGUUUGCUUGGUCUUUUAGAGCCACCAAACAUGUUGAACAAUCAAAUAAAUGAAUAUCAGCCAGUCUAUGGGCCACUGCCAUCUAACAUCAAACCCGGGUUACCUGGAGGUGCUAAAACAGAUCCUGAAUCUAAUCAAUAUUCAAGAGCAACUAAUAUGCAACAAAUUAGUGGAAGAGGAGUUGGUUUAAUGUCUGUAGCUCAUAAUCAAAAUGAAGUGAAAAUGUAUUCAGAAUCCAGUCGUUUUAAUGUUUCGAAUUCUAAUGAAUCUUAUUCAAGAUAUUCAAAUUAUUCAUCUAUGUACCCUCCAUACACUCCAAGUUCUAGUACUCCAUUGGGUAGUAUAUCUGAUAUACUAGAUAACAUUCCUGGACCUGAACGUACAUAUCAACCACCUGAACGUAAGAAUCCUGCACCUUGCACUAUGACCAGCCAAGACGUAAAUCCAUUACCACCAUUUCGUUCGUUAGACAAUAAAACUAAAUAUGAGUAUGGUGGAACCAGCAAUAAUAUAGAUAUUGAUCAAUCUCACGAUGAGAAAAGUACUUCGUUUUCUAUAAACAAAGAACCACGGUCUAUAGAAGAUACAAUGGAUCCAAAAAUAUCAACACUAGAGGAAGGUGAAAUAAAAAAUCCUUCACUUUUAAUAAAAAGUGGAAAAGAAGAACCUGGAAUACCAUAUGAUUGGGCUGUUGAAUUAUUUAAUGAUUAUGUACCUGGUAUGAUUGAAGCUUCAGCAAAGAUGUCAUUGUUAUUUGCUAUUGUUGAAGAAUCUGUUCGAAUUGGUGAUCGUGUUUUAUUAUUUAGUCAAUCAUUGUUCACAUUAGACUUAAUAGAAGAAUUUUUACAACGAAAUAAAAUACCUGGAAAAGAUGAAAAUUGGUGUCGUAAUUGUGAUUAUUAUCGUCUUGAUGGCAGUACCUCUGCAUCUGAACGUGAAAAGUUAAUCAAUGAUUUCAACAUUUGUAAUACGGUGCAUUUAUUUUUGGUAUCAACACGUGCCGGAUCAUUGGGCAUUAAUCUUGUUGGAGCAAAUAGAGUAAUUGUGUUUGAUGCAUCAUGGAAUCCUUGUCAUGAUACUCAAGCUGUAUGCAGGGUUUACCGAUAUGGUCAACAAAAACCAUGUUUUGUCUACAGAUUAGUAACAGAUAAUUGCUUAGAAAAAAAAAUCUAUGAUAGGCAGAUAAACAAACAGGUAAUGGCAGAUCGUGUUGUUGAUGAAUGCAAUCCAGAUGCUCAUUUGUCUAUCAAAGAAGUAACUAAUUUAUGUUGGGAUGAUGGAGAGUCUACGCCAAUCAAAGAUUUUUCAGCACUUAAAGAUAAUUAUAGUGAUGUAGUUGUAAAGUAUAUUGUUGAGAAUCUCAGUUCUGUGUUAACCAAGGAACCAUUUCAACAUGAAUCAUUGUUUGUGGACCGUAAAGACAAAAAAUUAUCACAGGCGGAAAAAAGAUUAGCCAAAAGAAGUUAUGAAAUGGAGAAAAAAGCUAACACCAGACCAAUGUAUUCAUAUUAUGGUCAAAAUACUGCAUCUUCAUUGUAUAGAAAUCAAAUGGGUAAACCAAUGGCCAGUGUACGCCCAAUGCAAUCAAUGUCUAAUACAUCAGCAGUAAUGGCUAGCAGAAAUGCUCUAAACCGUAGAUGGAUACCAGCUGAAGUCUGGCAAAAACAAGGAAUGAGUGCUCAAGAAAUGACUUUACCUCUGGAUGUUGUAAUUCCAACUAAUGCUGGUGACCGUGGUUCAAUUGUACUAAAAGCUGGUCAAAAAGUGAUGGUACUAAAAAGUCCUAAAGGCAUUUAUAUGCAGUUGGAAAGCGGAAAAAUAAUUGCUAUCCGUACAUCGGCUAAUAAUAAACCUAAUAACCCAACAGUACCAAGCCAACCAUUUAUCCCACAACAACAAUCUACUCAUCCUUCUACAAUGACAUAUAAUAGGCCACAGUCACUAGAAAGUAGUUUUAAUCCAGGACUCAAAAACGAUGCUUCUAUGCAACAAUUACGUAACCGUUCAAAUUUAUUGAGAAAUAAUCCUAGCAUUUCAAUAACGCCUAAACAUAUACCACCACCGUCAAGAUCUGUUCAUUCUCCGUCAUAUAUGCCUCCAACCCAUUCGUCUGCUGCUGUUUCACAGUCAACAUCACCUGCAAUACCAUCGUCUUCAUACCCUCCCAAAUUACCAUCUUCAAUAACAUUAUCAAAAUUUGACCGACCUCAUAAAUCAUCUGAAAUAGGUAUACAGGCCGAUUCAGCACCCAGUUCAUGUUACGGACCUAGAUAUCCACCUGACUAUCCAAGAUCAUUUGAUAAGUUUCCUGUUAGGAAUGAAUACCCCCCAAGAUUGCCUCAAUCUUAUAAUAAUAAUUAUCCACCGCAAUAUCACCGUCCCUCUUCUUCGCAAUAAUGCAAUAAAA